AGCGGCUGGUAGCCGGCAUCCCAGCGGAGAGAGCGAACAAAGCGAACAAGCGAAGGACCAAAGAGAGCAAGCGAACUAGAGGGAGUAGGGGAGACCGAGACUGACCCGUAGCCAGGCAGGCUGACGGACAAACGCCCGGACAGACAGACUGAGCAGGCGCCAGAGAACCUCCCACAGCUGAUCACUGGAGAUUCCAUCGUUAGUGCUGAGGCAGUAUGGGAUCACGUCACCAUGGCCAACCGGGAGUUGGCAUUUAAGGCUGGCGACGUCAUCAAAGUCUUGGAUGCUUCCAACAAGGAUUGGUGGUGGGGCCAGAUCGACGAUGAGGAGGGAUGGUUUCCUGCCAGCUUUGUGAGGCUCUGGGUAAACCAAGAGGAUGGGGUGGAAGAAGGGCCUAGUGAUGUGCAGAAUGGACAUCUGGAUCCCAAUUCAGACUGCCUCUGCCUGGGCCGGCCACUACAGAACCGGGACCAGAUGCGGGCCAAUGUCAUCAAUGAGAUCAUGAGUACUGAACGUCACUACAUCAAGCAUCUCAAAGACAUUUGUGAGGGCUACCUGAAACAGUGCCGUAAGAGAAGAGACAUGUUUAGUGAUGAGCAAUUGAAGGUGAUCUUUGGGAAUAUUGAAGACAUCUACAGAUUUCAGAUGGGCUUCGUGAGAGAUCUGGAGAAACAGUACAACAAUGAUGACCCCCAUCUCAGUGAGAUAGGACCCUGUUUCCUGGAGCACCAAGAUGGAUUCUGGAUAUACUCUGAAUACUGUAAUAACCACCUAGAUGCAUGCAUGGAGCUCUCCAAGCUGAUGAAGGACAGCCGAUAUCAGCAUUUCUUUGAGGCCUGUCGCCUCUUACAGCAGAUGAUCGACAUUGCUAUUGAUGGCUUCCUAUUGACUCCAGUGCAGAAGAUCUGCAAGUAUCCCUUACAGCUAGCUGAACUUCUCAAGUACACUGCCCAGGACCACAGUGACUACAGAUAUGUGGCAGCUGCUCUUGCUGUCAUGAGAAAUGUGACUCAGCAGAUCAACGAGCGCAAGCGGCGUUUGGAGAAUAUUGACAAGAUUGCCCAGUGGCAAGCUUCUGUCCUUGACUGGGAGGGUGAGGACAUCCUAGACAGGAGUUCGGAGCUGAUCUACACUGGAGAGAUGGCCUGGAUCUACCAGCCCUAUGGCCGUAACCAACAGCGAGUCUUCUUCCUGUUUGACCAUCAAAUGGUCCUCUGCAAGAAGGACCUGAUCCGGAGAGACAUCCUGUACUACAAAGGUCGUAUUGAUAUGGAUAAAUAUGAAGUGGUUGACAUUGAAGAUGGAAGAGAUGAUGACUUCAAUGUCAGCAUGAAGAAUGCUUUCAAGCUUCACAACAAGGAGACUGAGGAAAUACAUCUGUUCUUUGCCAAGAAACUGGAGGAGAAGAUUCGCUGGCUCAGGGCUUUCAGAGAAGAAAGGAAAAUGGUUCGGGAAGACGAAAAAAUUGGCUUUGAAAUUUCUGAAAACCAGAAGAAACAGGCUGCAAUGACUGUGAGAAAAGUCCCUAAACAAAAAGGUGUCAACUCUGCCCGCUCAGUUCUUCCUUCCUACCCACCACCACAGGACCCAUUAAACCAGGGCCAGUACCUGGUCCCCGAUGGCAUCGUUCAGGCGCAGGUCUUUGAGCUCACCGAACCCAAGCGCAGCCAGUCACCGUUCUGGCAAAACUUCAGCAGGUUAACCCCCUUCAAAAAAUAAUAAUAUAGGAAGGCAGAUAAUUUUAAAAUAAAGAAAUAAAGUACAUAAAAUUAUAUUUAUAGAUGGAUUUUUUUUUUUUUUGAGACGCAUUGUUGAAAUCUAUA